AAAAGCUGGUCCUGUAUUUAAGUGUCUGGGUUACUGCAGGUUUGAGGACUGUCCAGUCACUGUUACUGUGUGUAUAGACAGUGAAGAGGACUUAAAGGCAACAGUGAACUUUCAAGGCGGAUCAAGUAUCCACAACAAGAAUGAACUGAAAAGGCGACCUGUAAGGGCAGAGGACAGGUUCAAAGUGGGACAGCAACUACAGAAACAGUUACCACGAGCUAUGUAUCUUGAGAAACUAGCUCAGAUUGGUGACGACAUAAUUGAAUCUGGCUGUAGGGAUGAGGUUCCAACUCCACAGGUGCUCAAGAACAUCUCCUUUGACCUGCAUAAGAACAGUCGUCAGCACAAUAAUGAGAUCCUCAGUCUUCAGAUCAUGCUGGGAAAAAAAAGGAAAAGUCCAGAUGAGGUCCUGCAGAAAGUAUUUCUGCAUCCAAAAGGUGUGAUGCUGUGGUCUUUACGUAGCAUCGACGUAUUCCAGGAACGAUGCCGUGAGGACAUUGUAUAUCUUGAUGCUACUGGCAGCAUUAAAAAAAAAGAGAAGGACUGUCCUCCUUUCUAUGUGUAUGAGCUGGUAGUCAGGAGUCCGAAGAAAAACUCCUCUCCAUUACCAGUUGCAACAUAUUUGACCUGUGACCACACCACAGCAUCAGUGACCUAUUUCCUUGAGGCUUUCCAGACUGAUGUAGCUAGAAGUUACGGAAGAAAGGGCAUGCGGUCACCCAUCAUGAUCAUCUGUGAUGGUUCAAUGGUUUUAAUGCAAGCAAUAUGCUUAGUAUUUGCCAAGAAAAACCUGCAAGAUACCAUGAACCAUUACUAUAAUAUUGCCAGUGGAAGAGCAACAGUUGCUGAUUUCAAGGUCCCCAUUCUCCAUCGCUGCCUCAGUCAUGUGAUGAAGAACACCAAGGAGAUGUGUAGAAAAUAUGCGCCACAACACUACCAUCUGGCCAUGCAUACUUUUGUCCUCUUCACCACAGCAAGCUCUCUGGCAGAGCUCGAUGAAAUGGUGGAAAGUGCUGCAGUUGUAUUUGCAAGUCCAUCCAGUGGGGCCAUUGUUGAAAAACAUUUCAACAACCUGCAAUCAUGGUUGCAAAAGAAAGGGAUCAAGGUGGAUUAGACUACAAAGUCCCAAACUGAUGCUAGGGGCUUACAGGAAAUCAAAGGAAACAAUUCCUUUGCAAGACACUAUACGGAGGUGGUAUCCAAGGCUCCACUCGAGACAGACGGUGAGGCCAACCCUUAUUACAGCAAGGGCCUUUUGGAGCACAUCAGGAAAUACCUUCUCCCGUAUGCUGCAUUAUGGAUGGGGAUAAUGCUUGGUUAGUAGCAUUUAAUAAAGAGAUAUAUCUCAUUUUAGAAUAGAAGUAAUUGCAUUUUUUUUUUUUUUUUU